AUGGAGACGACGCAUCUUUUUUCUGCGCUUUAUGAUGCCCACAGUUUCUACCGCCAAGAGUGGUACAAUUUAUUCACUGACACUGGCGAGGCUGAUAUCCAUCGGACUUUUUACGCAAACCGAGCCAGAUUCUUACAAAGUCUAAUAUGUGCAACAGCCAUUGCAAAAUCGAUAGGUACAUAA